AUGUCCUAUCCUCAGGGUUACCUCUACCAGCCCCCCGGCUCGCUGGCUCUGUACUCCUGCCCGGCGUACGGGGCGUCGGCGCUGGCGGCCCCCAGGAGCGAGGAGCUGGCCAGGUCUUCGUCGGGAUCGGCGUUCAGCCCUUACCCGGGAUCGGCAGCUUUCACCGCCCAGGCGGCGGCCACAGGCUUCACCAGCCCGCUCCAGUACUCCACAGACCCCGCCACGGGAUUCCCCUCCUAUAUGGGCUCCCCUUACGACGCCCAUACGACGGGGAUGACCGGAGCCAUCAGCUACCACCCGUACGGCAGCCCUGCCUACCCCUACCAGCUCAACGACCCCGCGUACAGGAAAAACGCCACCCGCGACGCCACGGCCACGCUGAAGGCCUGGCUGCAGGAGCACCGCAAGAACCCCUACCCCACCAAGGGCGAGAAGAUCAUGCUGGCCAUCAUCACCAAGAUGACCCUCACCCAGGUCUCCACCUGGUUCGCCAACGCCCGCCGGCGGCUCAAGAAGGAGAACAAGAUGACCUGGGCCCCGCGGAACAAGAGCGAGGACGAGGACGACGACGAAGGCGACGGGGCGAGGAGUAAGGAGGAGAGUCCCGACAAGAUGCCCGAGAGCAACGAAACCUCUGCGGAGGACGAAGGGAUCAGCUUGCAAGUCGACUCGCUGACGGACCACUCCUGCUCCGCCGAAUCGGACGGCGAGAAGCUGCCCUGCCGAGCGGGAGACCCCCUCUGCGAGUCGGGCUCGGAGUGCAAAGACAAAUACGAGGACAUCGAGGAGGAGGAAGAGGACGACGACGAGGACGACGAGGAGGACAUCGAGGAGGACGACGGCGGCGGCGGGGAGCGCGACCCGCCGGCCAAGCCCGCCACCUCCUCGCCGCUGGCGGCCGUGGAGGCCCCGCUCCUCGGCCACCCGCACGCCGACGCCGCCCGCAGCGCUGGCAAGGCGGCGCUGGGGCCCCGCGCCUCCCCCGGCCCCCCGACGCCGGCCAGCAAGCCCAAGCUCUGGUCUCUGGCCGAAAUCGCCACCUCGGACCUCAAGAGUCAGACCCUGGGCCAAGGCUGCCAGCCCGCGCCGCUCUCCUCGGCCACCCCCGCCUCCGCCCCGCACAGCGCUGCCUACUCGCCCUCCUCCCUCCUGGGGAGGCAUAUUUAUUACACCUCACCUUUUUAUAGCAAUUAUACAAACUAUGGGAACUUUAACGCUCUGCAGAGCCAGGGAAUCCUGAGAUACAACUCGGCAGCAGUGGCUUCAAACGAGGGACUAAGUCAGACUGUCCUAAAUGCCAGCUCUGUCCACAAACAGAGCAGUGACUCUUUGAAAACGAUCACUAACCAGCUAGAACAACAUUACAGGCCCUCUAGCUAUGACUCUAAGAAAGAUCCCACUGAAGUCUGCACAGUAGGAGUACAACCAUACCUAUAG